UGUAAAAAAACAAUAGCUACAAUAAAGACGCGACGAGAAUUUCUGUGCCAAGUGUUUACGUGAGAAUGUGAUGUUUUUGUGGUUAAUUAUCGGGGCGUUCCACAUAGGGCUAGCUAGCCUGGCGGUUCUAAGCAGAAUUACCGCUGAGUGUGUAAUGGAAAUUUGUAAAAUCUCGUCCCGCGUCGUGAACGCCUUUUAAGGUGGCUGUGUUAUUGUUCCCGUACCUAAAGCCUCUUUACGUGAAAAUCGUCUGCUGCUUAAUUGAUUUCUGUAUCCUGUUUUCGGUUAGUUUUACGUGAUACUGUGAUUCGGUGUGCACCGUUAAAGAUUGAUAAAUAGUGCAGAGUGUUGCGAAAAUUGGUGCGGUAACACGCGCGUGCAUGAUUCAGCUGAGUUGGUUGGAAAAUUCGGAAAAGCGCAUCCGCGACAACGACGACAACAACAACGGAGAGAACUAUGGUCAACACAAUGGAAAGCUCGUACGCAACGAUGUCAAACAUUUCGCAGCACACAGAAAACUUCCCACUGCCAGAGCUAACACCAGAGCAGCAGAAACUAUUGAUAGAGCUGCGUAGGAAGAAACAGGAGAUAUUACUCGAGAUACAGCAAAUCAACGAUGAGCUGAACGAGGUCGAGUCGGAGAUGAAAUCCCACGAAAGCAAGGAGGAGAACAAACAUUCCAACAAAGACAAACAGAUGGCGCUCGGGCGGAAAAAGUUCAACAUGGAUCCAAAGAAAGGAAUAGAAUUUUUAUAUGAAAACCAGCUUCUAAGGACAGAUCCCCAGGAUGUGGCGCAGUUCCUGUACAAAGGAGAAGGUCUCAACAAAACGGCAAUCGGUGAUUAUUUGGGUGAAAAGAAUGACUUCAACGAGCAAGUACUGAAGGCCUUUGUAGAGUUACACGAUUUUACGAAUCUUAUACUGGUGCAAGCUUUAAGACAAUUCCUCUGGUCAUUCAGACUGCCCGGCGAGGCGCAGAAGAUCGAUCGCAUGAUGGAAUGCUUCGCCCAGCGGUACUGCCAGCUCAAUCCAGACAUCUUCACCAACACGGACACGUGCUACGUGUUGAGCUUUGCCAUCAUUAUGCUCAACACAUCGCUCCACAAUCCAUCGGUCAAAGAGAAGCCUACGGUUGAACAGUUCAUUUCGAUGAACCGUGGUAUCAACAAUGGGGGCGAUUUACCGCGCGAACUGUUGGAGUCCUUGUAUGAGUCGAUACGAGCAGAACCGUUUAAAAUACCUCAGGACGAUGGUAAUGAUCUGAUGCAUACCUUCUUCAAUCCGGACAAAGAAGGAUGGCUAUGGAAGCAGGGUGGAAGAUAUAAAUCGUGGAAACGAAGAUGGUUCAUCCUGAACGAUAACUGUCUUUACUACUUCGAGUACACCACCGACAAGGAACCGAGGGGGAUUAUUCCACUGGAAAACAUUGCGGUGCGCGAGGUAACGGACCGUAGUAAACCGCACUGCUUCGAGCUGCAUGCAAGCGGCGGCGCGGACAUCAUCAAGGCAUGCAAAACCGACAGUGAGGGCAAGGUGGUAGAAGGUAAGCACACCGUCUACCGAAUGUCUGCCGCGACCGAGGAGGAACAGCAGGAGUGGAUCAGCCGCCUAAACCAGUCGAUCAGCCACAAUCCGUUCCACGACAUUCUAGUACAAAGGAAAAAGAAAGCCCUGGCAAAAAGUUAGUUAGCGCUGUCCUGUUUGAAGAACUAAAACUAAAAGUCUACUACAAAAUUUGGCACCCUCAAAAACAAACAAAACAACAAAUAGCGCCAUGCAUACACAUACACACAAAAAACAAAACGUGCAUACAAACAAACGAAACAUAACAGCAACAAAAAAUGUUCUCAUCAGCCACAGUUCCAUAAUGCAAAUAGAAGAAAAAGUUGAACGAAAAGACAAAACGUGUGAGGAAUAAGCAUAACAUUUUAAAACAAUCGCUAAAUUACCAAAAAACGAAACUAAACAUUAAACAAGGCUGCUGGUGGAUCGAAUGAUGAAGGAACCGUGAAAGAUGCAAACAUUUUUAUGAUAAAUUCAAAUGUAAACGUGCUUAAAGAAAGCAACAAACCAUUAGGCUAUACAUUUUAAGUGAGAAAAAGAAAAAUGUUUCCCCCCCACAUAAAGCCACAUUCAGUAAUGCGCGUGACAUCCAUUCACCCGAUCGGCACUGCAUUUGGAUCGUGCUUUUCGUCUCUAUUAACGCACCGUAACGCCUGUAACGCUUGCUCGACGCUAGGAAACAGCAUCAUUUAGUCGAGUUUCUGUUUUUUGCUGAUUGUAUUUUGUGCGGUAAAUAACCACGGUUUGUCUUUUUGCCUGCCAGUGUAUUGCGUGCGUGUGCCUGCCUGUGUGUAAAUGUUCCGUGCCCUUCCCAGUGUUGAUCGUGCCGGAAGCUUUGCGAAGCCGUGUAACAAUCGUGGGCCAACAAUGAAGAAAAUGAUCGUACGUGUUUGUUUGUUUGUUCGUUCGUUUGUUCAAAGGUUAGGUUAGUUAGUUGAAAGUUAGUUAAUCAAAGUAAUGUGCAGUUGAUAUGUUUAGGUAGUGUCAGAGCUUAGUUUAAUUGUCAUAUUGCCGUUGGGUUUCUGUGUUAGCGAAAGGGUAACAAUUACUAUCUUCCUUCCUGUCGCGCACUACAGAUCGGAUGAUUUUGCUCCGUUUCUGUGUGUGUUGUGGAAUGUUUUUAACUUGUGUUCUUUGGACAGUAUUUUUGUUUACCUGUCCAGUUAGCUUCCAGUGUGUGAGUUUCUCCGUUCCCAACCCCAUCCAUGGCGGGCUGUAAGAGAAGAAGAGGGUGCACCGUGUGUUGAAUUGUAUAUGCAAGGAUAUAGUGCGAACUUGACAGCGAUCCGGCGGUGGAUCGUAACUGUGAUCAUGAUGAUAAUAGCGAGUGGAGAGAGAGAAACUGAGAGAACGGUAUAAAUGUAGUGAAAAUGUUUUGUUUUGAGCAAUAGAAACAAUAGCGUCGUGCAACAAGAACACUCACAUAGUUGUAAAUAUCAGUCAGAUAGUUCAGUUAGCAGUUACUAGAUGUGCGCGUGUUCGAGGUGUAAGUCAGCACCAGAUUAAUCGACCCUCAGUACAUUUUUACUCGAGCAUUGUUGUGUUGCGUUCAAUUAUUCAAAUUGUAUAUUUUAUCGUAAAAAUGCUCUAGAACUUAUUUUUUCCAAGUUCCAAACCAGUUUCCGAACCCCUCAUGGGCCAGUUGGUCAGUUUUUUUUGUUUCUUUAGUUAGUCAACAGUUACGCGAAUGGGCGAAACUUUACUUUACACACUACACAUUUACUACACAAGAGAUUGAACAUUCACAAUCGAAACCCUUGUCCACAUAUAACCCAAAGCAGCAAGUCAGAUAUACUCUUCAUGGCAAAACAUCCUCAAAGAUAUUAGCAUAUAGCAAACGGAUACCAGCAUAAGUGAUGUAUUGGAGUGCCACAAAGACACACAAUAGCAUGUAUAAACAUUAAUAAUAAUGCUCGCAAAAGGCGCUUCUCCUCAGAACCAAUCGUAGACCUAUAUCGUAAGAGAUGCUACACAGUAUCAUCGCCUGCAAGGUGUGACCCUCAUUUAAACAACUCCAACGUUCCACGCUGUACUAUAAGUGAAUGUUGAGUUUUCGAAAUAUCAUCCCCAAACGCGGCAUUCCCAAUCCAACGACGAUGCAGCCUCGUCCCGAAUUUAUUGCGCGUGCUCUUUUGUUUGCGGAAACGCUUAUUUAUACGCCAACGCCACCGAAAUCUUCUCCAAAACCCCGCCGAGUGUCUGCAUCGCGUACAAAAGAAAGCAUCUCAAAUUAAAAUCCUAUCCCAUCGGUCGGUUUUGUAAUGCAACGAUCUACAUAUAUCCCUCGUCUAAUUGGUAGGAGGCCCUCUCCCUUAAUUAUUAACUCGUGUAAACUCAAUCAACUCAACUCUACUCGACCCAAUGCAUCGUUGUCGCGCAUUAUUGUAAAGAGUAAAAGCCACAAAAGAGAGAAAGAGAGAGAGAGAGAGAGAAAAUAUAGACCCCAAACAUAUAUGGAUCGAUGCUGUAGGGACAUAACAAAAAAACAUCAAGCCAGGAUUGGAACCGUUGGAAAAUGGAGAACUUCGGGAACGACGAACCCGUGUUGUAGGCUAAAUUUAUAGCAUGUAGUUGUAAUGCGGUACUGAAUUUAUUGGUUGAACAUGAAGAAGUGUGACGAAGAAUGUGAAUCGCGCGUGUGUGUUUUGUUUUUUUUUUUUUGUUACAAAUAGUUGUUGCAACAUGCCUUUCGCGUUUGUUGUAUCGCGGUCCUUCCGCUGGAUAAUUUGCCCGGCGCUAGUGACCAAAGGAAAGAACGAUUGAUUGAACGGGUUUAAUUUUGAAGUAUUCUGCUCACUAAGCUAGCUUAACCACGUAGGCAUUGCCAUCGAGAUGUAGUUUUUUUUUCCGGUUUCAUUUCGGAGCCGUUCCAGUUCGUGUUGGUAGGAAUGUUUUUAAUUUGAUGCGUACUACAUCGCAUGAAAGUUAAUUUCCCAGCAGACACUGAUAAGACAAGGAUCGAUCGACACCGCCUGGGAGCGAACUGUCGUGAAAAGUGGUGGAAACCCUGUGGUGCGGGCUGGAAACGUUCCUCCAAAAAUCAUUUCACACGUCAGAUAAUGGAAAUUGGAAACAUUCCACCGAGAGUGCAUCCGGUUCGAUCCUGGGGAGGGCAGAUCGUAUCGAGUAGAGAAAAAUCGAAUAAUACGAUAAUGAAUAGGUGCCCCCUCGCCCAUCCCUCUUUCGAUCGAUUCGAUAAUGAUGAUUGAAAUUCGAUAAUAAAAAAGAGCAUAAAUAAAGACUAACAAGCGGGAAACACAGACACACACUCGCUCAUAUCCCGGAUAGUUACCGCCGGGUGUUGUGCUGUUACCGUUCAGAACUGCAUCGAUUGCACUGGCACCCGUCGGUGGUGGACCGAAUGCC